AUGUCUAAACACUCCCUGGGCUUGGAAGGCCAGCAUGUCUUCGUUACCGGGGCAUCCGGCUCCAUCGGGGGCGAGGCUGUCCGGGAAUUCCUAGAUUGCGGUUGCCGUGUCACAGCCUUCGAUGACAGCCCACUGCAACUCUCCGGGAUUGACGCUGAUCGAUUCUCUCGAUUGCAUAUACUAAAUGGCGAUGUCACAGACGAAGAAUCUAUCCAGUCUGGCUUCACCAAAGCAGAGAGCAGAUUUGGAACUGCCACCAUUCUGAUUGUCAACUCUGCACAUGAAGAGACAAGUCAGCAGCCCAUUUGGAAUCUUCCACUGGGGGAUUGGGAAAAGAGUUAUAGAUCGAAUGUUCGCGGCUCUUUUCUUGCAAUCAAACAUUUCUUGCAAGGCGUACAGAAGUACCAGCGGUCAACAGGGCGCACGAUAGUGAACCCGUCUAUUGUUGUGACAGAGACUGGGACAGCCUCAGGGCUGGCUGAUGGAAAGGGAUCUCUUCACUACGGUCUCCUUCAAACUGUACGUAAGGAUAUUUUGCAGCUCAACCCUGAUGGCCGUAUCAAUGCUGUGGCGACUGGUUCCACCGAUGCGGGCAACAAGGCUGCCCCUGCUGAUGUAGCUCGAACCAUGGCCUUUUUGGCCUCCAAGCAGAGUGCUGUCUCCGGACAAUGCAUUGUGGUCAGCGGGAAGGAAAUUGCACGCAAUACGCAAGUCUCCAAGCUGGAAGCCAACCGAGCACCUACACAGUCUAUUCCUCGGGACCUUGGAAAGCCAAAGAGUAACAAGAUCCGCGUCGCCGUCUCGAUUGAUCUUGACGCUGUCUCAGGAUGGCUCGGAACAAACGGACACCCCGACAACGUUCUCGCAGAUUACUCGGCCGGGUUCUUCGCAGCCCGCGUCGGAGUCCCUCGCCUAUUGCGCAUGUUAAAAAAGCUCAACAUAGCCGACCGCUGCACCUGGUUCAUCCCAGGCCACUCGGCUGAAAGCUUCCCCGAAGAAGUCAAGCAAGUCGUCGACUCAGGCUGCGAAAUCGGCCUACAUGGCUACGCACACGAGGGCGCGUACCAACUCACUCCCGAACAAGAACGUGACGUCCUCGUCCGAUGCAUGGACAUCGCACACACCCUAACAGGCAAGAAGCCCGUAGGCUAUCGAGCGCCACUAUACCAGCUUCGCGAAUCGACCCUCGAUCUUCUCGAGGAGUACGGAUUCGAAUACGACGCUUCCCUAACCGACAACGACUGCCACCCCUUCUUCGCUCCCAAGCGCCCUCCUAUCAAACAAAUCGAUUUCUCCAAACCAGCCUCCACAUGGAUGCAUCCCGUCCAGGAAUCUGCAUCUCCACCUGAUAGACGUCCCCUCGUCUGCGUGCCAUGUAACUACUACAUGGAGGACAUGACUCCGAUGCAGUUCCUGCCGCAUACCGAGAACUCACAGGGAUAUGUGGAUGUGCGAGUAAUUGAGAAUUUAUGGCGCGAUCGGUUCUUAUGGAUUCGAGAUAACGAGGAGGAGCCGAUAUUUCCUGUUUUGAUGCAUCCGGAUACGAGUGGUAUGGCUCAUGUUAUUGGGAUGUUGGAGCGGAUGCUGGGGUGGUUGAAGGAGUGGGAGCGUGAGGGAGAGGUGGAGUUUUUGCAGACUGGGGAGAUUGCGAGGUGGUGGAAGGAGAAGCAGUUGGGGAAGUGA